CCAAGCCCCCCGAUCCGAAACCAGUUUUAGGUUGCAGCGAGGGAUAAUCAUCUCGCAGUUCUGAACUUCUGGGUCCAGAACAAAAUGUUGACGGAACCUCUGGUUUAACUGAGAAGAGAGAGCGAGAGAAAAGCGAAGGGACGCAGAUGUUUCAAAGUGUGCAAGAAGAAACCGGAAGUCGAUAUGUUCGUUUAGGUCCGUGGUCCUAAAUAAGAAGCAGCGUUUGCUUAUUGUGUUGCAACGUGGAGAGAAGAGACUUGGGAGUUUGCGUGUGUGAUUUAAAAAGGCACAGUCGAUAAAAGGUGCCAUGAGCAGUGAGCUGAAUGUACCGAUGGGUUCCCCCGCUCCAGGGGUCUCAGAGCGACCUCUGGACAACGGGGACUACAGGGACUGGGUGCGGCGCAGCUACCUGGAGCUGGUCAGCUCUAACCACCACUCGGUGCAGGCUCUGUCCUGGAGGAAACUCUACCUGAGCCGUGCCAAACUGAAGGCCUCCAGCCGGACCUCCGCUCUGCUCUCUGGUUUUGCAAUGGUGGCCAUGGUGGAGGUACAGUUGGAGGUGCAGUACAAUUAUCCCCGAGAGCUCCUCAUCGCCUUCAGCGUGUGCACCACCGUGCUGGUGGCGGUGCACCUCUUCGCUCUGCUGAUCAGCACCUGCAUCCUGCCCAACGUCGAAGCUGUCAGCAACAUCCACAACCUGAACUCGGUCAGCGAGUCGCCUCACGAGCGCAUGCACCACUACAUCGAGCUGGCGUGGGGCUUCUCCACAGCCCUGGGCAUCCUGCUGUUUUUAGCCGAGGUGGUGCUCCUCUGCUGGGUCAAGUUCCUGCCCGUGGACUCCGGCGCCAAAAAGGCGCCCGUCUGCUGCGCCACGACAGCCAAGCCGGAGGCGACGCACCCGGCCACGCACAGCGGCUGGCAGGCGGCGCUGGCCUCCACCAUCAUCAUGGUGCCCGUGGGGGUGAUCUUUGUCAUGUUCACCAUUCACUUCUACCGCUCUCUGGUCCGCCACAAGACUGAGCGCCACCACCAGGAGAUCGAGGAACUGCACAAGAUAAAGGUGCAGCUGGACGGCCACGAGAGAGGCCUCCAAAAUGUGUGAAAACACGAGCAGCUUUAAAGACUUUCCUCUGUGUUACAUAUUUAUCAAGUUUAUCUUUCUUUGCCAUUUGCUCUGAACGUUAAUGCCUUGAACACAUGAGCAGCGAGCUUUACCGAUUGUCUCGUUCUAUUACAGCCAACAUUUCAGACUGCUGUUUUCUACAUAAGGUGAAUGUUUAAGGUUUGUAUGGUAACUUUGUUUUUCAUCUGAUCCUGAAUACUGUUGGUAAGGGACAGAGUUUAAAGGUUUACAGAAAAAAAGGGCUAAUAUUCUUAUAGUACCAAAUUUGCUAUACUUAAGAUAUUUUAUGUGAGGGUUUGAGUGCUCAUAGUUGUUCCGUUUGUUAGCAAACGCCUGUAUUCAGUGUACAUAGUCUCAGAACAUCUCGGCUUGUCUUAAUGUUUUAAUUAUUUCGGAGAAUAAGGCAGCAUUCUWAUUCUAGUUCUUAUUCACCUCCACACAAUUACUUAUACCUUAAGCUAAUUGCCAGCUGAGCUUUUUUGUGAUCAGCCAAAGAUAAUWAUGGMGUACAUUUCAGCAAUAACAGCUAUUAUGUAUGUCAGAUAAAUUGAAAAUUCUGUACCACUUUACAAUAAGGCUCCCCUUAUAGAUGGCUUAUAAAUAACUUGUGUAAAGCUCCCUUUAAUAAGUAUAUUGCAGUUKCACAGUACAAUAUUAUAUGUAAAAUAUGUGUUUUCAAUACAUUAUUGUGCUUACAAGGUAGAAACCUGGUCUGA